AUGAAGAUUGUUACCGCCAUUGCUAGAUCGGCUCAGCUCCUAUUCAGCGUCGUCGUCCUCAGUAUCUCUGUCUCACUUGCCAGGGGACAGGGCAUCGGUAAAGCACCAGCCGAGACUGGCUAUGCUGCCUUCACUGGUGCCUUCGGAAUCAUCGCCGCUCUCGUCGGAAUCGUCGCUCUUUUUGUGGACAGCUUAGAUGGUGUCAUCACCUGGCUGAUUGACGGAGUUGCGUCUCUUGCACUCCUUAUUGGUGGAAUUGUUUACGCCGUUACCCUUAAAGGUGUUCACUGCGGCGACCCCUGGACCACCUUCCAGAAUAAGCUCAUUAAUGGAGGAUGCUGGUCUGACAACAAAGGCGACACUAUUUGUUACUGGGAUAAAUCCCACCUUCACAGUCGAUGCGUUUCCGUAGAGGCCGAUACUGCUUUCAUGUUUCUGGCUUUCAUCGCUUGCAUUGGCACUCUUGUCGCAUCCUUUUUAUCCGGUCGCCGCUGA